AUGUUUUUGAAGGCCCACGCCUUCGCCGCCGGCCACCUUACGCCCGACGGGUUGCUGCUGGUGGCCUGCCUCGGCGGCUGCGAAGCUGGGUACGUCAGCGACCCGGUAACGGUGGGGUCCGAGGGACGCUACGCGGGACUGAAGGUUGCUCGCGAGCAGUCCGAUGCGGACGCCGGGGUCGACGGCGACGUGGUUACCUUCUGGCUGGUGGGCGAGGAGAAUCGGGUGCGCGCCGACCAGGCGGUGCUGUUCCUGGGCAGCGCCCAGACUCGCAAGCUGCACCUGAGCUUCGCCGCCGUUCCCUCUGUGCCCGGCGUGGAGGAGCAGGAAGAGGUCGCCGCAGCUCCGGUGGACGAACCACCCAGGUGGUUCACAACCGAUUUGACGGUGCCCAACCCGGCCGAUCUGGGCCUGUUGCCAUCGGAUUCGCCGCAGGCCUUCGCCGCGACCACCUUCCGGAUCGGCGGCGUGCCACUGCUGCCGGGGUUCGUAAUCGUGCUGGGAUUGCUGCUGGCGCUGACCGGAGGGUCGGUGCUCCUCUACCGCCGCCGUCUGACCUGGUAA